AUGUCCCGCUACAAACUCGUCUUCUUCGUUCCCGCGUCGGCGCGCGUCGCCGUGCAAAGCGCCAUCUUCGCCACGGGCGCGGGGACCUAUCCCGGGGGGAAGUACAGCGAAUGCGCGUGGCACUCGCACGGCACGGGGCAAUUCCGGCCGGGGAACGGGGCGAAGCCGAAGAUCGGGGAAGUCGGGACUCUGGAGGAGGUCGAGGAGUGUCGGGUGGAGAUCCUCUGUGUCGGGGGGGAGGAGGGGGUGCGGAAGGCGGUGGGCGCGUUGAAGGGGACACACCCGUAUGAGGUCCCGGCGUACGAGGUCUACAAGCUCGAGGACUUCUGA